CAUAUCUGAAGUCACACAAGUAUACAGAUCAACUGCCAGAGAUAGACACACACCCAUAUUCCCUGUAUAUCUCAAUAUUCCUGCACUAUGACCAAGCUGGUUCUACUCCUGUGUGUAGCGGUCAGCUGUGUGUUAGGGACUUCAAACCACCCCACAGCCACGCCUCCCACAUCGUGCUGUAUGCCAGAGCAAUGGGAAGGGCAGAUGGUGGAAAUAGGGGCGUACGUCUCCGAUGGGCACGCUGGGACCUUUCAGGGACCAAUUACCAUUUCCUACGACAAAAAAGGCAUGAGACAAGUAACUGUCUCGAAGCUCAGCUACUCCGCCGGCCUACAGGCCAAUAUGAAGAUUAUCCAGGAUUUCAAAGGACACAUGCAAUAUGUGAUCAACGGCAACACGUGCACCAAGUCCCCUCUGACGGACGCCAUGACACCAAAUUGCAUCCCGGAUGGCGCUAAGUAUUGGGGCGGUUUCUACAUCGGCGGUCCAGACACCCAGUUGCCGUGCAACAGGUGGCUGUACACGUCCAAAGGGACAAAUGUUUCCCUUACAGUUACACAGCAAGACUGCUACCCUGUGUUGGAGACGGAGUACGGGAACACACCCAGAGGUGGCCAGAUGGCGUCAAUUGCCUUCACGUCUGUCCGCCCCGGCAUUCAGGACCCUACAGUUUUCGACCCUCCGUCCAUUUGUAACAAGGUCUCCAAAGAGCACCCUCACCACCAGUUACAAGGACUCCAUCGACGCGCUAUGAACAUACUGAGGAGAUGAAAUGAUAAAUGCGACGCACAUGUAUGGACAUGAAGAUGCGGAGUUUUAACCAGGGACUGCAUUAUAUUGAAAAUAAUCUUAGUGAUUUAUACUUCAGUGUAAAACAAAUCAGUUAAUAUGACAAGUUAAAUCAUGUUUAAACCGAAAGAACUUUAUUUCAGUUAUGUACAUGACAUUGUGUGGUAAAAUAUUGGCCUUUGUGAAAAAAAAAAAAAAAACUAUCAAAUACAAUGUAGGGUUUUCUGUAUGUGAUUCUACAAAUAACACUCUGUAUAAUCAUAUUGAAUGUAUUGGAAUGUCUUUCAUAACUCUUGCAAGAGUUGCUUUUUUUUAAAUUGUUGUACUGUUUUUAACGUAAACG